AUGUGGAGGCUUGACAAAAUUUUGUUAUGGAACUUGAUGGCUGCAGUAAUCGUCUUGGGUCAAGCAAGGCCAAAUACGAAGCUCCAUUCACAGUCAAGCAGUGCUUUAAAGUCAGAUUGUGCAGGCAAUCUAAUGAGGCUGUCGUUGGACAAGGCUCUAGCAGUGGGGAACCAGCUCGAGGUGGAAGCCAUCAAUGGUACCCAACACAUUGUGUUAUCACCCAGCUUGGCUACUCAGUGUGGAUACAGCAUGGAGUCUGACCCAUGGGGUAACACCAGAAUCUACACAUCUCUGCUGGGCUGCUAUGUGGACAACCGAGAGGAUACGACAUUUAAUGUUGGCUUGAGGCUCCGAAUGUACAGCCAGAGUCCAUCAGAGGUGGUCAGUCAUGAUGUGACGCAGACAUGCAGUUACUCUCGGUGGGCCUCCAGGGAGAUUAUUUGCGACAGGAACUACAUGGAAGUGUCAAACCACAUGGCCACACCUGAUGCUGGAACUAAGGGGCAUACUCCAGAUGUUAAAGAUGAUUCCAAGAUGAAUGCCUUCCCUGAUGCCACUGACAAAGCACAUGGUAUCUGGAAGAUGACAUUUUACACUCCAGAACCAGUGACGAUGGUGCUGAUGGAGGCUGAACAAGCUGGCUAUGGAGCCAUGACUACUUCUAACCGUAUUGUUAUGAGAAGCCCAUACAAUACAGCAGAGACUUAUUCUGAGGAUGUGGCUGGAGUCCCCAUGGAGGUUUUCAAGGUAACCACUUACUACAAGGCACCACAUGGUAUGACCAUUGUGAACUUGGCAGCUGCGUGUCCUACAGGUGGCGUCCUCUUCACUGAGGAUAUGAUCUCUUGGCAUGUACCUCGCCGUAUGACUCCGCUGAUCGAUGGCAGUUUUAAAGUCCUAGAGAUGCACAUGGGCAUCAAUGGGCAGAGACUUGAUAAAUCUCAGAUGGCUGCUCGGGGUUACACACUAUCUGCUACAGACUUUCAUAUUGUCAUUGAGUUGCCAGUGGGCUCUCCAGAUGGUUACUACAAGAGCCAUGCCCCAGAUUACCAGUACCACGUCACCUACACUGUGGAGCCCAUGCUUGAGGUGUUGUGGAAAGUGGAUAAAAGCCAAGAGGAUAUCCGAUACAAGGUCUUGUUGCCCAUCACAACCCCUCUGAUGCCCCGGCCACCCCAAGUCUCUGACUUUACCAGUGCAGAGGACAGACUGUUCAGUGUUCACUUGGGGACCUUUCUGCAUGACGUGGAGCUCAGGAACAUCACCUUCUCCACUGGGGUCCUCACUGUUGAGGAGAGCAAUGCCAAAGGCUUCACAGUCGAGGAGCACACCUUCCCCAAUGGAUCAAAGAGCUUCUCUCUGCAUGUGCCCUUUGAUGCUGAUGUUGUCCUGACUCAUAAUCCAGAGCCCUUGGUUACAGUCUACACCCUCCCUCUAGUCUUUGGAUUUAUCAUCCUGCCUGAAGAAACUCCAUUUGCUGAAACGGCGCAAUUGGAGGCCUCUCUGCAGGAUGUUGUACUUCCCACUCUCACUGGCUCUUGUGACAGCAGUCACUUUUAUAUCGGUGUGAAAUUUGGGAAUCAAGGCAAAAAUUUCCAGACAAUGGUUGGAGCACGGGAGGUAACUCCUGACCUGGCUGAGCUCUACAAUUUCCAAGAAAAUGGCACACACUUCAGCCUUAAAGUGUCAUAUGUUGCAGAGGACACUGUAUUUGAGGUGAUUACCUCAGAUUCAGUCAGAGCCAGACUUGACUUGCUUCUGUGGGAGCCAAAUAACAAUUGGAUGCUUGGUGACCUCUAUCUGGCCUGCAACUUUCCCUUGACAACAACUACGUGCCACCCCAAUGGAACUGUGACCGCUGUGGCUGUUAAGGUGGAAUCAGUACCCAACCUCACUCCCAAUUGGCUGACUCUAAAGGACAAGUCUUGCACACCAAUUUUUAGCAAUAGCCAUUUUGCUCACUUCAUGUUCAAUGUUGAUUCCUGUGGGACCACUAGAACAUUCUUUGACAAUUACAUGCUAUAUGAGAAUGAGAUUGGCCUCCAUUUCAACAACAAAGGAACAUCUUACACCUCACCAGUUGACCCAGAGUACAAGCAAACCAUUUCCUGUUACUAUAUGGCCAGUGACACUCAAACUAUUGCAUUUGGCUAUAAACCAACACGCACAGAACCUGCAGCAGAAAUUGGGUCAGGACAACUUAUGGUACAAAUGAGGCUAGCACAGGAUUCAUCAUAUGAACUCUUCUACCAAGCUGAAGAUUAUCCAGUAGUGAAAUACCUGAAGCAGCCUCUGUAUUUUGAGGUGGAGCUGACACAGUCUACUGACCCUAACCUGGACCUCAUCCUGGAGAACUGUUGGGCUACUCUUAAUGAAGAUAGGACAUCUCUGCCCAGUUGGGACAUCAUUGUGGACAAAUGUGAGAACCGUGAUGACGGCUACAUGACUAUCUUCCAUCCUGUUGUGGCUGAUGCGAGGGUCACUGUCCCAUCCCACUUCAAACGCUUCUCUCUAAAGAUGUUCACUUUUACUAAAGAUGAAGAAGUUCUUAAAGAUGAGAUUUAUGUCCACUGUGAUGCAGUGAUAUGUGACACAAACAGCAAAGCAGACAGCGCCUGUAGUGGCCAAUGUGUGCAUCCUACCAGCUUGAGUAACUCCAGAUAUCAAGGGACAAAAGGAGUAAAAAGGGAGAGAAGUGCAGACUCAGCCCACCAUAAGAUCUCUUCUGCAGCCAUUCGUCUAUUGAACUCUCAGUCAAGCCUCUAA